AUGGCCCCCGAGCGGCCGCGGCACAAGCUACGCCUCUUCCUCCUCGCCGCCCUCGCGUGCUCGCUGCGCGCAGGCGCCGCCGCGGCGAACACGUCCACGUCCACCCUGGCCAUCCGGCACAAGCCGGCGUCGAAGCCGAGGCACGGCAGCACGAGGCAGCACCGGCCGGGUCCGCGGGGGAGCCACGCCGGCAGCGGCAUGGCGUCGUGCAACAUGUUCCAGGGCAGCUGGGUGUACGACGAGGCGAUGCCCAUGUACGACGCGGCGGGCUGCCCCUUCGUGGAGCCGGAGUUCGACUGCCAGAAGUACGGCCGCCCCGACAAGCUCUACCUCAAGUACCGGUGGCGCCCCGCCUCCUGCGAGCUUCCGAGGUUCGACGGGCGGGACUUGCUGAGCAGAUGGAAGGGGAAGAAGGUACUGUUCGUGGGGGACUCCAUCAGCCUGAACCAAUGGGAGUCGCUGGUGUGCAUGCUGCACGCGGCCGCGCCGGCCUCCAGGACCAGCUACAGCAGGGGCAACCCCGUCUCCACCGUCACGUUCCAGGACUACGGGCUGUCGGUGGCGUACUACCGGAGCACCUACCUGGUGGACAUCGUCGACGAGUCCAUCGGCCGGGUGCUGAAGCUCGACUCCAUCUCCGGCGACGCGUGGCUCGGCGCCGACAUGCUCGUCUUCAACACUUGGCACUGGUGGACCCACACCGGCAAGGACCAACCAUGGGACUAUGUGCAAGACGGGGCUCACGUCAUGAAAGACAUGGACCGGCUCACGGCCUUCUCCAAGGGGAUGUCCACAUGGGCCAGAUGGGUGGACUCGAACGUGGACACCUCCAAGACCAAGGUCUACUUCCAGGGCAUCUCUCCGACACACUUCAAUGGAGCUCAGUGGGGGGAGAGCUCCAGCAGCUGCGCACACCAGACGCAGCCGAUCGCGGGGUCGACGUACCCGGGCGGGCCGCUUCCGGCGCAGGGCGCGGUGCGGAACGCGUUGAACGGCAUGUCGAAGCCGGUGUUCCUGCUGGACAUCACGCUGCUGUCGCAGCUGAGGAGGGACGCGCACCCGUCGGCAUACAGCGGCGGCCACCCGGGCAACGACUGCAGCCACUGGUGCCUUGCCGGCCUACCCGACACCUGGAACCAGAUCCUCUACGCCUCGCUCCUUGCAUAG